AUGGCCAAACGACGACCUCAGCCCGGCGCACGACGAGCUCGCGGGGUCUCGCAUUCUGGCAAAUACAGAAGAGAACCUAGAAAUGAUUCACAGAUAGAGGUACUUGAAGACGAGCGGCGUCCUGAGAGCGCUGUUGACGAGGGUCAUUCUUCCGGAGAGGACGACGAUUCAGGCUCGGAAGAUGCGGCGGAAGAUACCUCAGAGACAACAAUAGAUGUGCCUAUUGCUAUGUGGGACUUCGAUCACUGUGACCCUCGCCGAUGUUCAGGCAAACGGCUUGCUCGGUUGGGGUUCAUGAAGGAACUCAAAGUUGGCCAACGCUUCCGAGGGAUCGUUGUAUCCCCGAAGGGAACACAGAUGGUCAGCCCUGCGGAUCGUGAUAUCGUGCUAAAGAACGGCCUGGCGGUAGUCGAAUGUUCGUGGGCAAGACUGGACGAUGUGCCGUUUAGGAAGAUUGCAAGCCCUCAUGAACGUCUCCUCCCAUACCUAGUGGCGGCGAAUCCAGUCAACUACGGGAAACCGUGGAGGCUGAAUUGCGUGGAAGCCAUCGCCGCGGCCUUUUACAUUACGGGUUUCCACCUAUACGCAGACAAAGUGCUGAGCAAAUUUGGCUGGGGCGCGUCAUUCUGGACGGUUAACCGCCAAUUCUUCGAACGCUACUCGACUUGUGCUUCAGCAGCAGAAAUGGAGGACACGCAGAAAAAAAUUAUGCAGGAUCUCGAGGACGCGUACGUACAGUCCCGCGCUGCGGAACAGUCAGAUUACGGCGAGGAUCUUCUGUUUGAAAACCCGAACCAUCAAAAUCACGAGUAG